AUGGCAGUGGCCACGGUGAACCUCCACGCCGUCACCUCCUGGGUGGGCAUCGCCCGGCUCUUUGCCAUCGUGUUGUCCUGCAUCGCCUUCAGCUUGGUGGCCUCCACCUGGGACUUUGGGGGUCCAUACGGGACAUGGUGCAUGUUCACUUGGUGCUUCUGCUUUGCUGUGACGCUGCUGGUGGUGGUGCUGGAGCUGCUGGAGCUCUACCCCAAGCUGCCGCUCUCCUGGGAUGACUUCACCUCAGCUUUCUCCAUGCUGGCGACGCUGAUGGUUUUCACCACCUCGGUGGUCUUCCCCUCCACCUUCAUCAGCAGCCCCUGCAGCGGCAGCGGGGGGCUCACCCGCGCCAAGCCGGGGGACAUCAGCAGCUUCCUCUCCACUGUGCCUGGGCUCCUCAAGGUCUUUGAAGCCUACGUGGCUUGUCUCAUCUUCUCCUUGCUGGAUACCUUCAGUUCAGAAGCUGGCCUGCAGUGUUGGCCGGUCCGCGCCAAGCCGGGGGACAUCAGCAGCUUCCUCUCCACUGUGCCUGGGCUCCUCAAGGUCUUUGAAGCCUACGUGGCUUGUCUCAUCUUCUCCUUGCUGGAUACCUUCAGUUCAGAAGCUGGCCUGCAGUGGUGUGUGGCUGUCUACUCCAUCUGCUUCAUUGUUACCCUCCUCAUCAUCAUCUUCACCAUUGGCCGGUGCCUCACUUACAUCCCCUGCCCGCUGGAGAAGAUGCUGGUGGUCUACAACGCUCUGGCCCUGAUGAUGUACAUCACCGCUACCAUCCUCUGGCCCCUCUACAGCUUCAGAGGGAGGACCCGCCCUGAGAACUGCAACAGGAACUGCUGGUGGAACAAGCACCUGGGGGUCACCUUCCUCACCAUCUUCAACCUCAUCGCCUACCUAGUGGACCUGGCCUACUCCACCAAGAUGGUCUUCAUCAGGGCACCUCCAUAA